UACUUGUUUCAUUUCCUGACCAUGAACACUCAAUUAUUUUCUAUCUUUCUCUUAUUCACAAACUCCCUAUGCCCCAGUUAAUAUUCGCACUGAGUGAGGCUAUUAAUCCUUGCAGCUGAUACAGGAUGAAUUUCUGCUAUAAAGUAAAGCUAAACACUGAAAUGUGGGUACACUUGGAAGAGGAAGGUCACCAGGAGACCAUUCACUCCAACCUUUCUUUCUAGGGAGUCCAGGGGCAGAACUCCAUGGGUGAGGAGUCCCAACCUACUCCACCCCAUGUCCCUGGAUGUCCUCCCCUCUGAGUAAUGGGAGCAGCCAUUUGGGGCUGUGAUGAUUCUGCCUCCUUUGAAGCCAUCUGAUGAAACUCUGAUUUCACCAACCACCAGUACCCAGGAGGAGCCUGGCGUGACGCAAGAUGAAUGGAAUAAUUUUAUGGGAUGAGGGGGGACUCUGAGACAGCAUCUAACCAACAUAUUUUGGAGAAAAAAAAUUACCUGAAGCAUUAGGAAAGGAAACUAUGCUGGAUGCCAAGCCCCCACCCACAAUUUAAGGGUAUAAAAGGACCAUGGAGGAAGAAGAGACUCAAACUCACCCGCAUCCACCUCCAUCAGCUCAUCAGUUCUAUCACCUCUCCCGGCACCAUGCCGUACAACUGCUGCCUGUCCAACCUGAGCUGCUGCUCCAGCUGCCCCUCCCGGCCCUGCGUGGCUCCCAGCUGCCACAACAUCCCCCUGCCUGGGGCCUGCAACAUCCCCGCCAAUGUGGGCAACUGCGGCUGGUUCUGCGAGGGCUCCUUCAAUGGCAGCGAGAAGGAGACCAUGCAGUUCCUGAACGAACGCCUGGCCAGCUACCUGGAGAAGGUGCGGCAGCUGGAGCGGGACAAUGCGGAGCUGGAGUGCCGUAUCCGGGAGCGCUGCCAGCAGCAGGAGCCACUGAUGUGCCCCAGCUACCAGUCCUACUUCCGGACCAUUGAGGAGCUGCAGCAGAAGAUUCUGUGUGCCAAGUCUGAGAAUGCCAGGCUGGUGGUGCAGAUCGACAAUGCCAAGCUGGCCUCUGAUGACUUCAGAACCAAGUAUGAGAUGGAGCGCUCCUCCCGGCAGCUGGUGGAGUCGGACAUCAACAGCCUGCGCAGGAUCCUGGAUGAGCUGACCCUGUGCAGGGCCGACCUGGAGGCCCAGGUGGAGUCCCUGAAGGAGGAGCUGCUCUGCCUGAAGAAGAACCACGAGGAGGAAGUCAACACCCUGCGUUGCCAGAUUGGGGACCGCCUCAACGUGGAGGUGGACGCUGCCCCCACUGUGGACCUGAACCGCGUGCUCAAUGAGACCAGGUGUCAGUACGAGGCCCUGGUGGAGACCAACCGCAGGGACGUGGAGGAAUGGUUCGCCAACCAGACCCAGGAGCUGAACAAGCAGGUGGUGUCCAGCUCAGAGCAGCUGCAGACCUGCCAGGCAGAGAUCAUCGAGCUGAGACGCACGGUCAACGCUCUGGAGAUCGAGCUGCAGGCCCAGCACAACCUGAGGGACUCCCUGGAGAACACGCUGACAGAGACGGAGGCCCGCUAUAGCUCCCAGCUGUCCCAGGUGCAGUGCAUGAUCACCAACGUGGAGUCCCAGCUGGCAGAGAUCAGGGGUGACCUGGAGCGGCAGAACCAGGAGUACCAGGUGCUGCUGGACGUGCGGGCCCGGCUGGAGUGUGAGAUCAACACGUACCGGACCCUUCUGGAGAGCGAGGACUGCAAGUGAGUAUG